GCUCAACAGCACCUCCAGCAGCAGAGAUGCAUCUCAGCAAAGCGUGCUUGCUUAGUUUGGCCAGCGUCCUUAUUGUUUGUGCAAAUCAAGCUGAAUGCCAGCAAACCGUACCCACCUACCAGCACAGGGACCAGGAGACAGGACAGAUGUUGACAUGCAGCCGCUGCCCUCCAGGACAACAUCUGGAGAAAUAUUGCACAGGUCAACAUGAUUCUGUGUGUGCACCCUGCUCAGAACUCCACUAUACACAGUUUUGGAACUACAUACAUAAAUGUAAAUACUGCAAUAACUUCUGCAGAGAAAAUCAAUACGUUAAAUAUGAGUGUAACUCAACUCACAACAGAGUGUGUGAAUGCAGAGGUGGUUACUUCUUCGAAUUUGAAUUUUGUAUAAAGCACAAAGAAUGCAAUCAUGGAUUUGGAGUUAAGAUUGCAGGCACUCCACACAUGGACACACAAUGUGAAAUAUGCCCUGACGGUUUCUAUUCAUCGAUAAGUUCUACCACUGAGCAAUGUAAGAGACACACAGACUGCAGUGCAUUGGAUUUAAAGCUGGACGUUCCUGGUACUUCAUUAUAUGACAACUUGUGUGGUCCCUGCCAGCCUGGUUCCUCCAAAGAGGGUCUUUCCAAGUGCGAAGAAAUAUUUUUCUAUUUCGUAUCACAACAAAAUUUGAAGCAACGCCAAAUUUUCAGUAUAGGAAAAACUCUGCUUAACCUGCCCAGAGCUAAUAUAUUGGAAAGAUGGAAUAAGGGACAGCAUCAGCAGCAGGUUAUAGAUUAUCUAAUAGAAUGGAAGAGAAAGCAGAAAAAGAGCAUAACCGUAGAAAUGUUAGUGAGAGCUCUGAAGAAAAGCAAAAUGAACAAAAUUGCCAAAAAAGUGACCAAAAAAUUUGUCCAAAGGCGGUACACAAUCUCUUCUAUAUGAAUACUGAUGGAUUGCCUGAACAGAUGAAUUCUAAACCUCAAUAUUUACUUAUGUCACCCAGCAGACAAUAUUGGUGAAAUCAUUUACUAGCAUUAAUAGGAGUACUAUUUAAUUUUGAAUAAGACAAAGAUACUUUGUUCAUAUUUUAGUUCAAUGGUUUAGCUAUAGCCAUGCUUUCCCAACAUUAGCAAAUGAACAAAAAUACGUAAUACUCCUAGCUCAUGCAUGACCGUUAUAAAGGUUGUUCUUCUUUUAAAUAUAACAUUUAGUUAUGAAUUAUAUAUAAAACAGCCAAAGUAAAUGACUUAAAUAUUUUCCUGUAUAAUACUCUUAGAUAUGUUGUUUUCCAAUAUCUAUUUAAAGAUACCUCUGUUGGACUUUGUGCAAAACAUGUCUACAUUUACACUCAUCUUAACUUGGAAAAUAUCUUGGAUUAAAUUGCCUAAUUUCUCCAUAA